AUGUUAAGACAAGUUUCAAGAUCAUCGAUCCCCGUGAUCAAAAGAAUCACUAAUAAAUCAACAUUAGCCACACUUAGUUCUGUCAAAGUUUUAUCUUGUACUUCCCAAUCAAGAUAUCUUUCAACUGCCAGUAAGACUACUGCUUCUGUUGCUAAUGUUGCUGCUACUGCUAGUAAUGUCACUGGUGCUGCUCGCAACUACUCCACCAGAUCUACCGUGGUUCAAUUAUUAAACAAUAUUGGUUCCAAAAGAGAAGUUGAACAAUACUUGAAAUACUUCACCUCUGUAUCUCAACAACAAUUUGCUGUCAUUAAAGUUGGUGGUGCCAUCAUCACUCAACAAUUACCCGAAUUAGCUUCUUGUUUAGCUUUCUUAUAUCAUGUUGGUCUUUAUCCUAUUGUAUUACAUGGUACUGGACCUCAAAUUAAUGAAUUAUUAGAAAAUGAAGGGGUUGAACCAGAAUAUAUAGAUGGGAUUAGAAUCACUAAUCCAAAAACCAUGGAAGUGGUUAGAAAAUGUUUUCUUGAACAAAAUUUAAGAUUAGUUACUGCCUUGGAAAAAAUGGGGGUUCAUGCUAGACCAAUAACUGCUGGUGUAUUUGGUGCUGAAUAUUUAGAUCAAGAUAAAUAUCAAUUAGUAGGAAGAAUCAAUUCCGUUAAUAAAUCUCCAAUUGAAGCUGCUAUUGAAUCAGGUUAUUUACCUAUUUUAACUUCAUUGGCUGAAACUCCUUCUGGUCAAUUAUUAAAUGUUAAUGCUGAUGUGGCUGCAGGUGAAUUAGCUAGAGUUUUCGAACCAUUAAAAAUCGUUUAUUUAAAUGAAAAAGGAGGUAUCAUCAAUGGUAAUACUGGUGAAAAAGUUAGUUCCAUCAAUUUAGAUGAAGAAUAUGAAGAUUUAUUAAAAGAAAGUUGGGUUAAAUAUGGUACUAAAUUAAAAAUUAAAGAAAUUCAUGAUUUAUUACAACAUUUACCAAGAUCUUCAUCUGUGGCCAUCAUUGAUGUUAAUGAUUUACAAAAAGAAUUAUUCACUGAUUCUGGUGCUGGUACCUUAAUUAGAAGAGGUUAUAAAUUAAUUAAUCGUAAUUCUUUAGAAGAGUUUGGUAAUCCAGAUUUAUUAAGAAGUGCUUUAUUAAGAGAUCCUGAAAUUAAAUCAGGUAAAUUAUCAGUUGCUUCUUAUUUAAAAUUAUUAGAAUCAGUUAAAUUUAAAAGUUAUGGUGAUGAACCAUUAGAAGUCUUAGCUAUUGUUUUAGAAGAAGAUGGUAAAGUUCCAAAAUUAGAUAAAUUCUUAUCAUCAAAGACUGGUUGGUUAAAUAACGUUACUGAUAAUAUCUUCAAUGCUUUAAAGAAAGAUUAUCAAUCCUUAUGUUGGGUUGUCAAUGAAAAUGAUUCUAAUUUAGGUUGGUAUUUCUCAAAAUCAGAUGGUUCAUUCGCCAAAAAUGGUGAAAUAAUAUUCUGGUAUGGUUUAAAAACUGAUGAAGUUUCUCAAUUAAUUAAAACUUUUGAUUCUGGUUCUGUUGGUUCUUCAUUAUCUUCAUCAAGUGAAUCAGGUGUCUUCAGUUCUUCAACUCAAAAGAGAGGGUUCCAUUCUUCAACCGUUAGAUUUUCAAAUCCAAAUCCUCCAUUAAUAAAAGGUACUAAUACCAAGAAGGCUAAAGUAGCUUUAAUCGGAGCUAGAGGUUAUACUGGUCAAAAUUUAAUUAGUUUAAUUGAUAAACAUCCGUAUUUGGAAAUCUCUCACGUUUCAUCUCGUGAAUUAAAAGGUCAAAAAUUACAAGGUUAUAACAAAGAUAAUAUUGUUUAUUCAAAUCUUCAAGUUGAAGAUAUCAUUAAACUUGAAGAAAAUGGUGAUGUUGAUGUGUGGGUUAUGGCUUUACCAAAUGGGGUUUGUAAACCAUUUGUUAAUGCUAUUGAAUCAGUUUCAAAUUCAAAUUCAAAAAUCAUUGAUUUAUCCGCCGAUUAUAGAUUCGAUACAACUGGGGAAUGGAUUUAUGGUUUACCUGAAUUAAAUGAUCGUGCCACUAUUGCUCAAGCUAAAAAGAUUUCAAAUCCAGGGUGUUAUGCUACUGCUGCUCAAGUUGCUAUUUCUCCAUUAAAAGAUUAUAUUGUUGGUACUCCAAGUGUAUUUGGUGUUUCUGGUUAUUCUGGUGCUGGUACUAAACCAUCUCCAAAGAAUGAUAUUAAAUUCUUAAGCAAUAACUUAGUCCCAUAUUCAUUAACUGAUCAUGUUCAUGAAAGAGAAAUCAGUAGUCAAUUAGGGUUAGAUGUUGCAUUCAUGCCUCAUGUAGCUCAAUGGUUCCAAGGUAUUUCACAUACUAUUUCUAUUCCAAUUAAACAAGGUUCAUUAACUUCAAGAGAAAUCAGAAAUAUUUAUCAAGAUAGAUAUCAAGGUGAAAAAUUAAUCACUGUUAGUGGUGAAGCUCCAGUUGUUAAAGAUAUUAGUGGUAAACAUGGUAUUGUGGUUGGUGCUUUUGCUGUUAAUUCCAAGGAAAAUAGAGUGGUCAUCGUUGCUACCAUUGAUAAUCUUUUGAAAGGUGCUGCUACUCAAUGUUUACAAAACAUCAAUUUGUCCUUAGGAUACGGUGAAUAUGAAGGAAUUCCAAUUGAAGUUGUCAUUAGAGGUUAA